CGAGAGAUACAAUACUAUUUUUUAUACAGAAUUUAUUUUUCGAAAGUUUUUCAAAAAUGUGAAAUAUUUUUUUCUAUCUCUCUAAAAGAAAAAAUUUGUUCUACAUAGUAAUGAUAUACUUGACGUGUGAGAAAGAAAAAAAAAAAAAAAAAAAAAUUUAAGAGAGGAAGCUUUUGAGGCGAAUUAUAAAUACAACUUGAAAUUGUAGACGCGUGCGCAAAAGAUAAGUACAGUAUGAAAAAUACUCUCUCUCUCUCUCUCUCUCUCUCUGUUUCAAAAGAGUAGAACGUGUUUUUCAUUAGUGCUAUAUUAGUCAGCAGCAUGUGUGAUUGAUUUUAAAUACAAGUUUGUGAAAAUAAAAUUAAAUUUAUCAUGAUUAUUCGUGAAUUAUUUAUUCAAAUAAAAAUAAAAGAAUGGCAAGUUUUGUUGAACUGAUUAAAACAUCGGAAGAAACGCUCAAAGAGCCAGGAUUGGCUGAUGGUUUACAUAAGAAAAGUUCAAGAACUCAAUGGAAACAAUGGCUAGCCUGCAUUUCAGCGACCUUAUCGAUGGUAUCUGUGGGAACAGUUUACGGAUGGGUCACGACGACAAUAUCUCGUCUGGAAAAUGGGAAAGAUGUCCCAGUAAAAACCACUUCCGAUCAAGGAUCAUGGAUUUCCUCCCUAACUGUGAUAGGAUCUAUGUUCGGAUCCUUUUUGGGAGCGUGGUUAUCGGACAGGUUUGGUCGAAAGCGAUGUCUCUUGCUCUCAAGUAUAUUCUACAUUUCCGGUUGGACAUUGACAAUUUUCGCCUGGCGUGUUGAAUCACUCUAUUUUGCAAGAAUAAUAUUAGGUGUAGGUGUUGGUAUAUCCUAUUCGACAAAUCCAAUGUACGUCUCAGAAGUGGCCGAUGUAAAAAUUCGCGGAGCAUUGGGAACAUUAAUAGCAGUUAAUGUCUUCACUGGAUCAUUAUUGAUGGUGUCAAUUGGUCCAUGGGUCUCGUAUCAAGUAUUAGGAACAGUGGCACUUUUAAUUCCAUUAAUAUUUGUCAUUGUCUUUCUCUGCUUUCCCGAGAGUCCUUAUUAUUUGGCAGCUAAUGGAUUUCAUGAGGAAGCCAUGAAUGUACUAUCAUUCUUCAAGGGAAUCGAUGAUCGUGAGGAGGUACGCAAAGAACUUGACAUCAUUUUGGAAACAAUUAAUCAACACAGUGAAUCGUCGGGCAAUUGGAAGGAACGAUUUCAACAAUUAUUGAUGCAAAUUAAUAAUCGUAAGGCCUUAUUAAUUGUAAGUGGAUUAUUGUUGACACAACAAUUGAGUGGUAAUUUUAGUAUGAUGCAAUAUAUUCAAAAUCUUCUUGAGAAAACAAAUAAUAUUGGAUUGGAACCACAUGUGUCGACUAUUAUUAUUAUUGCAUCGGGUUUAGUAGCAGGAACUGGUGCAACAUUAACUGUUGAUAGUUAUGGAAGAAGACCAUUGCUUAUGUUUUCAACAAUUGGUUGUACAAUAACGUUGGGAAUUUUUGCCAUUUAUCUCUAUAUAGAUAGUACGCAUGUUGAUAUAUCGGCAGUGAAUUUAAUUCCCAUUAUUGAUAUGGUAUUUUUUCAAAUUGCAUUUCAACUUGGUUUGGGUACAUUGCCAAAUGCAUUGAUUGGAGAACUUUUUCCUGGUAAUGUUAAAGGUAUUGCUGCCGCAUCACUCACUAUUCUCGAUGGAAUACUCACAUUCACUGUUGUUAAAUUAUAUUCACCAAUAAGCGAAGCAUACGGUGAACAUGUGAUGUUUGCAUUUUUUGCCAUCUCUUGUUUUCUUGCAUUUUUCUUUGUCUUUGCCUUUAUACCUGAAACAAAAAAACGAACUUUAAAUGAAAUUCAAGAGAUAUUGAGUCAAAAGGGACUUAGGUGUAGAAGAAGAAGUAGUUGUAAAUAAUUUAUUAAAGAAUUUUAUUAUUAAAUAAAUUAUUAGUUUUAAUUUAUUGGCAUUUUAAAAUUGUAUUUAUCAGUUGUUGCCAAUUAACUAUUAAUUGAAAUAUUACUUGAAAACACAUAUCUAACUACAAGUGUAGGAAACUGCCUAUUAUUUUUAAGUACCAUUAAUUGAAGCUACUGAUAAUUAAUUAAAUACUGUCAUUGAUCAAAGUUAUAUAAUAGUUAUUUUUUUCAACUUUUAUUAAUUAAUACCAGUGUUUAUUAAACUGACAAUUGCGAUUGAAUAAAUGAUGAUGAUUGAUCAUUUUCAUCACUAAGAAAAAAAUUUAUUUAUUGGUACUUUCAAUUAGUAGUUUCUUCAAUGAAAAUAAAAUUAUAAUUUUAAUUAACGGAUAUUUAAACAAUUCAAUUUAAUUUUAGAAAAUUUAAAUUUACUAUAUUCAAACAAUAAUAAUUUCUAUUAAUAUAUUUUGUUAAAUAUAUUAAUAAAUUAAUAGAAAUUAUUAUUUUAAUAUUUAAUUUAGCAUUGGUUUUUAAAGAAAGAUAAUAUUUAAAUAAUAAUUUAAUAAGAAUUUAAAGUUUAAUUUAACAACAAUUUAAUUGGUACAGAAAAUUAAUAAUUUUAUUCUAUAGAAAUUUAAAUCAAAUUUUAUUUAAAUUAUAAUUUAAUAACAAUUAAAUUUUUAUAGAUAUUUAAAAGAAAUUUUAUUUAAAAAGAAAGGAAAAAUUUUAUCAUUUGUUAUUAUAAAUUUGUAAAAAAAAUUAAUAUUUUCUGACUGCUAAAAAACAUGAACUAUGAUUAAUAAAAAAAAUAAUAAUAAUAACAAUAAUAACACCUUUUAAAAAAAAUAAAUACUAUUUUCUGACUUUGUUCAGUGAAAAUUAUCUUCAAUUUUAGUAUGUAAGUGAAAUUUUAAACUCAUAUUGUACAUAAUGUAUGUUUUAAUCGUUUUACUAUACUGUAAUUAAAUAAUUAAUAGAUUCUUUCACAUUUUUAA